UAGCAUCACCUGCUUUAUAUUACUAGCCUUCUCAUAACUCUCAAGUGUAAAGUAGCACUACUCUACGUCUCUCCCUUUUUCCGUUACGGGUCCGUCCUAUUCUGCGCUGGUGGUGCGUACGUUAUAAACCUUCACCUCCACAACUUAGUUCUCUCUCUCUCUCUCAAAAAAUCAAAUGUUUCUUCAGAUUUUUCAGUUCACUUCUCAUUUUCCAAACAAAGGGUAGGUGGAGUUCCUGAGAUUGUAAUCUAGUUCUGUUUUUGUACUGGGGCAUGAUGGGAGUUGAAACUGUGACGGAAUCAUUUUUUAAUUUGUGGAAAACUUCACGGAAGAGCUCUGCUUCAGAGCCUGAGCGGAAGAAUGUGAUUGGAAUUCUUGCAUUUGAAAUUGCAACUUUGAUGUCUAAGGUAGUUAACUUGUGGCAGUGUCUAAGUGAAAGGCGAAUUGACAAGUUAAGAGAAGAAAUCUCGAAUUCACUUGGCAUUCAGAAGCUUGUUGCUGAAGAUGACAAAUAUCUUAUGGAUCUUGCUAUUGCAGAGAUAAUUGACAAUUUGGGAUGUUUGACGAAAUCAUUGGCUACACUAGGUAAGAGGUGUGCUGAUCCAGUUUAUCAUAAUCUUGAACGAAUUUUUGAAGAUCCAGUCGAAAUUGAACUCAAUGGGUGUGCAUGGAGAUAUAAGCUUAAGAAAAUGGAGCGAAAGGUUAAGAAAAUGGAGAGAUUUGUUGCAGCCACGACUCAAUUGUAUCAGGAGCUUGAAGUGCUUGCGGAGCUUGAGCAAACGUUGAGGCGGAUGCAGGCUGGUGCUAGUUCAGGUCAGAUGAAAUUGCUUGAGUUUAGGCAAAAGGUUAUAUGGCAACGAGAGGAAGUGAAGAAUCUGAGAGAAAUGUCUCCUUGGGUUAGAACAUAUGACUAUACUGUUCGUCUUUUGCUUCGAUCUAUUUUCACAAUAAUCAUGAGGAUUAAGUACCUAUUCGGGACAAAUCAGACCGGAGUUUCCGGAGGAAGCAGCCAUUUUGAGGGCAUCGAUAAUGGUUAUCUUGAUCGUAGCCGGUCUAUCUCUGCUCUUACUCUUUCCUCUGUUUAUCCAUCUGAAAAUAACACGUCGGAAUCUUAUUUAGGUUCUCUAGGCAGGUCAUUUUCAAGCCUUGGUCUAAGUGGAAAUAAAGAUAGACCAACUAAUAGAAAAUCUCUUGCUAGACAGUCAUCUGUCUUUUGCGGAAAGCCACCACAGCCGAGAUCCAGGCGAUUUGCGAACGUUGGAUCUUUUAGAGGAUGCAUAAAUAGUGGCACUGAUUCACCUGUUCUUGACAGUUGCAUGCCUUCCAACAGCGACGUCUCAAAAUCAGAUGACAGUUUCCAAAAAGAUACCGAUAAGUUUGAAGACAUGAAUCCUGUUCCUGCCUCCUCCAAUGAUGUAAUUUUGACUAAAGCUUCUCUUUUCAAUUUCAAGCGUAAGCUGUUAAUCGCUCCUCAAGAUACUCUUGGUUUUGCUGCUUUGACACUCAAGUACGCGAAUAUCAUCAUACUUAUAGAGAAACUGGCGUCGGCUCCACACUUAAUCAGUCUUGAUGCAAGAGAUGAUCUAUACAAUAUGUUGCCUGCUAGCAUUAGAAACUCUCUGAGGUUGAGAUUAAACGUAUUCACCAAAUCAUUGACUUCAUCUGUUUACGAUGCUGGUCUUGCAUCAGAGUGGAGCUUGGCACUCGGAAGGAUAUUAGAAUGGUUGUCUCCACUCGCUCAUAACACGAUAAGGUGGCAUUCUGAACGGAACUUUGAGAAACAACGACUGGUUUAUGGGGCUAACAUCCUUCUUGUGCAGACUCUCUACUUUGCAAACCAAAACAGAACUGAAGCAGCAGUCAUAGAACUUCUCAUGGGUCUGAAUUACCUUUCAAGAUUCGGUAGAGAGGUCAGUGCAAAACCAUUGAUGGAGGCAUCUUGUGGUAGAGCUAGUGGUGAGUAUUUUCUCCACAGGGAUAGUAACCCGAACGCGUACCACUUGUAUCAUGAUUAAUACACCUAAAUGACUAAUCAGAAUCACUUAAAAUGAGUUUGUUGUUUGCUUGAUUGAGUUUGUAGUGACGUUUUGUAUAUUCUUUGUUUCUUCCUGUUGCUGCUUAAGGUUCCAUCUGAUAAUCCAAACUGUUCAUUCCUCAUGUUGACAUAAUACUUGUGCUCUUCUAUUGAUUUAUAUAUACUCAAGAACUUUGUUAUUUGAAACAUUAA